UCCAGAGAGUUUGCAGACCCUGUUGUGGCAGAAGCCACCCUCAAUUUCCUUAACCUGAAUAAGACAAAGUUCCUCAGUUCAUUUCCUACCUUGCUUCCGCAGUUCUUUCCAUUGCUGCUGAAGUUGAUUGCAUGGAAUGGUGAGAAGUUAGAGAAAUCAUUUUCUACUGUUCUUCCAGCAAUGAUGUCAACCGGCUCAUUUCUUCCUCUAUUCCCGUCAAUUGUAGAUUUGCCAAUACUGGUGGUUGCAUUGGAGAAGGUGGAAAAGAGCUCUGGGACUCUAAUUGGAAGCCGUAUAGCUUCGAUUCAGAAGAGUGCAGCUCCUGAGAUGUUAUUUGCACUAAUGGAUGAAGCUUAUACUGGAUCAUCUAUCGAAGAUAGAGGGGGUGACUCUGGAUCUGAUGAUAACAAUAUUAUAGAUGUUGCUGACCCAAUGUUUCUUGAAAUUUUAAAGGAUGAGAACGAUGGGCUUGCUGAAAGGCACUGGACUUCUCCUGAGAUGGCUGCAGUGCUACAAGCUGCCAUUAUUAAUGCUCCUCAAUCAGACAGGCUAAGACAAGCAUUCAAUAUGACACCAAGGUUGCUUUCUGUGUAUUUUGCAAUUGCAUUGAGAGAUGUCAGUGACUCUCUGCUAUGUGCAUUGAUUCCAAUUCUUAUGUCACGAAAUGCUACAAUUUUCCCUGACAAAAUUUUCUGUUUUGAGGUCCAGAAGAGGCUUGUGGAUUUUAUGUUAGCUGCAUUUCAGCGAUCUCCUCAAUUUAUUGCUCUUUUGAAGAAGCCUAUUGUUGACAGAUUAGGAGAAGCUUAUGACAGUCCCGCAAAGACCGAAUUGGCAUUACACUUGUGUUGGGCAAUCGGGGAGCAUGGAGCUGGAGGAAUAUCUUAUAAAGAUGUAGCUCGAGAGCUCUUUGAGAGCCUAGAACUACUACUUUAUGAAAAUCUUUCAUCUAGCCGCUUGGGCUUGAGCCAGGAAUCAACUGUUGGUUCUAAGGGCAGGGCAUCUGGAAAAUCUUCACAAGUUCGUCUUUUAUGCUUUGUGGUUACUGCUAUUGCCAAGCUCGCAACAUGCCAUGCUGAGUUGCUUCCAAGAGCUCGAGUAUCUCUGGCCAAGGUAGCCCGCUCUCAAAACUCAGACCGAAGAGUACAGAGGCGUGCUUGCGACUAUCUUGGUCUAAUGAAUGAACCUGCAAUUUGUUUGUCAGUUUUGGGGCCUUCAACUGAGCAUGAUCAGGACCCUGGUACUGUUAACUGGAGCGAAGGAGCCUCGAAGAUGAUUUCUCAUAUACCUUUCUACUUGCUUCAUGAACAAGAAGGGCCUCCAUUUCACGAUUUCUCCUUCUCGGAUGUCUUUCCAAACCAAUGAAUAACUCCAUUAUCUGGUAUCCAAUAGACAUUUUUUCCAAGAGAUGCAAAAGAAGGAGAUGCCAUUUUCCCGCAACAAAAAUGUUCGACUCCAAGAGAAGUAAAAUGGACAUUUUCCCGCAUCUGGGUACUUCUAUUGAAGAAAAUAAAGAGCACCUAGCAAAGUGCAAAUACAUUCAGUUUGGAGGGAGAGCUUUUUAGCCAUCAGAUCUUAUCUUUGUGUUCGAGUGAAAUUCAUGUUCACUGUACAUAUUGUAGAUGUACCCCUAUGUAUACAAUUUGAGGUUUGCUAAAUUCUGUAUUUGAAAAAUAUUGUUUGUGUAUCAAUGAAAAUGUAAUACUUGUUUAGAA